AUGGGUGACAUCUACACCAACGUGGAGCUGGAUGACGGGAUAUAUGCCAAUUCAACCUUUGUUGAUGGUCAUGAACGCAGCACAAGCACAAGUAAACUGAAACCACCUAAUUCUACAGAUAAAGAAGCAUUUGAGGUCAUUAGGACACAGGUCAAAGAACUACAGGAUAGUAAAGAGAAGCUGGAAGUUCGCAUCUGUCCUCAGAACUGGAUGAGUUUCAACUUAAGCUGUUACUACAUUUCCAAUGAGACGCAGAGCUGGAAUGACAGCCGGAAGAAAUGCAUAGAGAAAGGAGCAGAUUUGGCGAUCAUCAGCAGCAGAGUGGAACAGGUUUUCAUCGAUGAUUUUAAUGGACGUUUCUGGAUCGGUUUGACUGACCUGCAUGAAGAAGGAACCUGGAAAUGGGUGGAUGGGGAAGUAAUUCCCAAAGAAAAAGGACUGUAUCCCCAGUGGUAAGCGACACAUGUAGUCCUACUCUACCGAGUUCAAAAACAUGAAACAACCUGUUUGCUGCCAGACUCUGGAGGAAAGGCCAGCCUGACAACUUCCAGGAAGAAGACUGUGUGGAGUCCAGGAACACUGAUACC